ACAUCUGGUGUAUUGACUGUGACCCGUGUUAAAGCUAGCUUUUGCUGUUUGGAACGUGCCUUCGUCAUUCAGAUUUAAAGAGGGUUUUCCUAUUAAUUUGAAGCUCAUUUUGUCUCUUGUUUCUGAGAGGAGCUGAUUUAUUGAUCUAAAUGGAUGCAAUACUGAAUUACAGGUUAGAAGAUAGUGAAGAUUACUACACAUUACUGGGAUGUGAUGAACUCUCUUCGGUUGAACAAAUCCUGGCAGAGUUUAAGAUCAGGGCUCUGGAAUGUCACCCUGACAAGCAUCCUGAAAACUCCAAAGCUGUGGAGACUUUUCAGAAAUUGCAGAGGGCAAAAGAGAUUCUGACCAAUGAAGAGAGUCGAGCCCGCUAUGAUCAUUGGAGAAGGAGCCAGAUAUCAAUGCCAUUCCAGCAGUGGGAAACUUUGACUGACUCAGUGAAAAUGUCAAUGCACUGGGCUGUCAAAGGUAAAAAAGACCUGAUGCUGGAAGAAUCCCAUCAGACACAUAGCAGCAAGACUAAAAAUGAAGAAUGGAAUGAGCAAAGAGAAAAAAAGAAAGAGGAACUGGGUUCAACCACAGAGAAAGUGAAGCAAAAAGAACCUGAGUCCAUGGAGAAGUCAGUCUCCCCACAAAAUCCAGAAUCUCCAAAUUUUUCAGAUGUAAACUCAUGGCACCUUCGUUUCCGUUGGUCGGGGGAUGCUCCCUCAGAACUCCUGAGGAAGUUCAGAAACUAUGAAAUAUGAAAUGCCCUUGCUUCAUGGAAGAGGGAGAGCAAGAUGUUGCCUGUACUGCCAGCAGACUUAGUUCACAUCUUAACAAUGUCAUGUUUAUGAAUCACUCAGUAGUGACUGAUUCCUCCAUCUUUGAACCCAUUCUCACAAUGUGUGUGUGUGUUUUUUGUUGUUGUGUGUGUUUUCUUGGUGCUGGGGAUUGAACCCAUGGUCUCGUGCACUCUUUACCAUUGAGCUAUAUCCCCAGAUCCAGAAUGUGUUAAGUAAGAAAUUUUUGGAAGACUAAUUUAUUUCAAAAUUUGAAUAAAUUAAGGCUCUUAGAUCCAAGUAGGUUGUAUUAUAUGUGUUUCCCUAUUAAUACUGUUUAUAGAAUUUUAUUUGAAAAUCAGUUGCAGUAUUUAAAUAUUUCACUGAUAUGCCAUGAUCUCUAUUAGUGCUGGAUGUACAAAAAUGUUUUCUGACUCUUAACUUAAAAAAAUGAAAUGUGCAAUUACUUGUGUAAACUCCAUUUAGUGAAAUGAAUAAUCUCCUCAAAGUUCAUAAAUGCAUUCAUUAUUCAACUCUAUUUUUAAAAUAAUUUGAUAGAAGGGAAACAAGCAGAGUAGAGGAAAGGGACCAGGAGAAGGGAGGAAAUGAGGGAAAGGGGGAGUUCUGGGGAAUGAUAUUAACCAAUUUACACUGUUAUAUUGUGUGAAUAUGUAACAACAAAUCCCACUAUUAUGUAUAGUUAUAACACACCAAUAAAAAUACGGGAAAUAAAUGAAACAAUUAACAAAGGAGUAGUUAAAAAAAUUGAAGUUAUUUUUACUUUAAUAAUUAUGAAUUUGAAAGGUUAUGAUUUGAGGAAAUGUUAUUUUUACAAGGUUUCUUGUGCUAUAUAAAUGAGUGACAAAUUUAUAAAUUAUGUUCUAACUAUGAAAAUAGGCCUGUCAGGUAACAGAAUCUCGUUAGGUUAGAAUUCUUGAUGGCUUCUAUGUAAUCUGUGUUCUUUACUUUUUGAACAAGUGAAUGAAAAAUUAAGAAAAAGAUUUUAGAGUAGGGUUUCCUUAGUCAAUGACAGAGUUUUCACUGAUGUACAGCAAAAUGAAAAAAAUAAGAACAUAACAAGUGCUAUGGUCUGAAUGUUCAUGCCCCCCCCUCCCCAAUUCAUAUGUUGAAAAACUACCCCCUACUCUGUGAUGCUAUUAGGAAGUAAGGCUUUUGGAAGUUGAUUAGGUCUUGAGGGCAGAGCUUUCACAAAACUAGUGGGAGAUUAAUAAAACAUUGCUCAGCUGCAUGACCUCUCAAAUUGGUGAUUUUUAAGGCAACUAAAAGAAAGAAACUAGAAACAAGUGAAACUAGAAAGUUCCUUUAAGUUUCCCCUGCUUUCAGGCUGUCUGCUUUUCAGAAAUGAUAUCUUUCUACUACUGUGGUUUAAAAUGUGUACUUUUAUGAAAUGGUGUCAAGAGUAUAUUGUAUUAGUUUGCUAGGGUUGUCAUAAUAAAAUACCACAGACUAGAUGACUUAAACAUUUCUCACAGUUCAGGGGAGUAGAUGUCCAAGAUCAAGAUAUUGGCCGGUUUGUUAUUUUCCUGAGGCUACUCUUGGCUUACAGAUGGCCACCUUCUUGAGAGAGAAAAGUAAACGAGGGUGUGCUCAAUCUUGUCAACAAUUGGGAAAUGAAUCUGUAAUGAAAACAGAGUGGCAUGCUCACAUGGCCUCACAUGGCCUUUUCUCUGUGCAUGCACAUUCCUGGUGUCUCUUCCUCUUCUUUUAUAGACACCAGUCAUAUGAGAUAAAGGUCCACCCUCAAGAUCUCAUUUUAGCUCAUUUACAUCUUUAAAGACGUUAUCUCCAAAUGAGGUUUUAUUCUGAGGGACUGGGGUUGGACUAUCAACUUGUGAAUUUUAGGAGAACAGAAUUGA